AUGGCGCGGGCGUCGCCCCUGAAGGCCACCUCGAGUCGCGCCUCCCGCGCGGGGCGGUUCAUCAACGUGGACGGCUGCGGCGCCCUCCGCCGGCGGUCCAGGAGAAGAUUCGACUCGCGCCCGAGGACUCGACUCGCGCCAAUCUCCAUCCUCCGCCGCUUCAGGAUUGGCGCAUCUGUUGGCGCAUGCGGCCCUCGCGGAGCCACGAAGCGCCGUCCGGGGGGCGCGGUCCCCCCCAUCCGCGACGUGAGGGCGCUAUCGGUGUUCGAGGCCGCAUCAGGGGAGGGCGAAAGCUCGUCAGGCACCUUCGGGCCCAUUGAUGGUCCGUCAGCUGGCGUCGAGAAAGAGACCCCGAUUGAUCGCACCGCUCCCGCCAGGCCGUCGGCGAUCGCCGGCGAUCCCGAAGGCGAGCGUUCGGGGGGCAUGACCCCGGCAGCGGCCCUGACGGGGCUGCGCAACCGGCUGGUGGCGGCGUUGGGCGUGUUGUUGGAGUGGAUGCGGAAACUUCCCGCGUGGCAACGGCAGCGCCACUUGAGGAGGCUGCGGGCGGAGAGCGACGCUAAUCCAGGCGACGCGGCCAAGCACGCGCGUCUGCUGGUGCAGUUGAACCAGGUCAGCCCGGAGGAGGUGCUGCGGAGGGUGGAGUCGGGGGCGUGUGCGGGGAGCGCGGCAGUGGUGGUGGAGUACUUGAGGGCGCUGGUGCGCACGGGGAGGGUGGACGAGUACGACGGGGAGGGGGGCCCGGGCGGCGCCGACGGGCACAGGUCGCUGCCCAAGCUGCUGAAGGACCUCCAGGUGCUGUCUGGUGGAGGGGACCUGGACCUCACUCCGGGAGGCUCAGCAAGGCAGCCGCUGUAUGUGAGUUUGGAGGGGAUGGCGGCGCAGCCUGCACCCGGCAUAGUGUCUCUCUUCCUCGGCUUCUUCAAAUGGCUUGGGCUCCUGGCCGUGUUCUGCUUCCUGUGGCUGCUGGGAAGCGGAGUGGUGAAGCGAGUCAGUGUGCAGAACCUUCCCCAAGGAGGCCUCCCAGCGUCUGUGCGGGACAAAUCGCCAUCCCUGGCUCCCAAGCAGUUUGUGAAGGAGGAAGUCCCUGAAAAGUCUUUGAAGACUUUCAACGAUGUCAAGGGUUGUCCAGAGUCGAAAGAGGAAUUACAGGACAUUGUCGAGUUCCUGAAGAACCCAGAGAGGUUUACCCGAAUGGGUGCCACUCUUCCAAAGGGAGUACUGCUGGAGGGCCUUCCAGGCACGGGAAAGACGCUGCUGGCAAGAGCAGUUGCAGGCGAAGCGGGUGUGCCUUUCUUCUACAGGGCGGGCAGCGAGUUUGAAGAGAUGUUUGUUGGAGUGGGCUCCAGAAGAGUCCGCGCCCUUUUCAAUGCCGCCAAGAAAAACGCCCCCUGCAUCGUCUUCAUCGAUGAGAUCGAUGCCAUCGGGGCCAGCAGGAAGCACUGGGAGAACCAGACGCGCAAGACACUGAACCAACUGCUGACAGAAAUGGAUGGCUUCGAAGUAAACGAGGGUAUCAUCGUGAUGGCAGCAACCAAUCUUGUGGAUACCUUGGAUCCGGCAUUGACGAGGGCAGGAAGGUUUGAUCGGCAUGUGACGGUGCCACUGCCAGACAUUCGUGGACGAGAAGAAAUCCUACAGUUCUAUCUCAACAACAAGCCCGUGGCACCCGAUGUGGACGUGGCCGAACUGGCGCAGCAAACGCGGGGAUUCAGUGGCGCAGAGUUGUACAAUUUGGUCAACGAGUCUGCCUUGCAGGCAGCCAAGGCCAAUGAGCCCUUGGUUACGAAGCAACUUUUGGAUGUUGCACGGGACAAGAUCCUGAUGGGCACAGAGAGGAAGUCGCUGGUGCGGACAGACGAGAACAUGAAGCGGACUGCAUACCACGAGUCUGGCCAUGCGCUGGUUGCGCUGAACACGCCCGGUGCCAAUCCCCUGCACAAGGCAACGAUCGUCGCUCGAGGCAAUGCUUUGGGGAUGGUCACCCAGACGCCCGGCCGGGACGAGUUUUCUGUCAGCCGGCAGCAGCUGAUGGCCCGCAUUGACGUCUGCAUGGGGGGCAAGGUGGCCGAGGAGCUCGUUUUUGGCAAGGACCACGUGACCACAGGCGCGUCCUCGGACCUACACCAGGCCACCGCCACCGCCGAGCACAUGGUGAUGCAGUGUGGCAUGAGCGAGGAGGUGGGGCCCAUCUUCGCCAACAGGCGGGGCGAGCUGAGCGGGGAGGUGCAGAAGAAGAUAGACGCAGAGGUGACGAGGAUACUGAAGGAGGCACACCAGCGUGUGAUGAAGCUGCUGGCUGACAAGAUGAGCGACUUGCAUACCCUGUCGAAGGCGUUGGUUGAAAGGGAGACGCUGACCUCAAAGGAGAUCGAGGACGUGCUGGGUGGAAGGAAUCGUGGGGCGGUGUCGGCAGGGCUGUCGUGA